UUUGGUAAUCGUGGGUGAGUUUAUCGACGACCUUGACAUGUUCUCCUGGAAACAAGACAGAAACGAAAUCUUGAAAUGGUCGACGGCUUCAUCGUGUGAUAAAACCAUUGCGUUCUUCCCGAGAGAGAUAGUUGACAGAACCUGUCUGAUUUCUGCGCCGCGUUUUUACCCGAAAGCGGAAUGUUACGAUGGACCGCAAACAGUACAUGCGUUGUUGUCCUUUUUAAAUACAAAAUGUGGAGCGUAUAGAAAUCUGAAAGGCGACCUCAGUGUUGCAGGAUUACACAGGGAUUACAUAUUACGUAAUAUAUUCCACGUAUCUGACGUAACAAGCUGUACCUCAUGGGAUGUAUUUGGUGAUGGAGAGUUAUGUAAACAUAAAGCUGAAGACGUUUGCAUAGACUGUAAAGAUGACGAAGAGCACGAUGAUGUUGCUAGGGAUACCGCAUCUUUGUAUACAAGAAAUGUAGUGACGAUGCCAGUGUGUGAUAAAAUCUCUAUGCCGAGUAAAGAGAUUUUUUUUAACAAUUACUUAAAACGUUCCAAGCCCGUUAUUAUCACCGGUGCCAUGGACGACUGGGACGCAAUAACAAAAUGGAGUAAUGAGUUUUUGCGCGAAAAAUACGGAAAGAAGGAAAUUCAUAUCAAACUUGCACCAAAUGGAGAAUUUGAAGGUUGUGAACCAGCAGAAGUUUGGGAGAGUUAUCAAACAUUUUCUGUCCCAGAAAUAGUAAAAUCCCAACUACCGUUUCCGGACUUGGUUGUUGUGCGACCAGCGACAAUGAAUAUAAACUUUUCAGAAUUCAUGGAUAUGAUAGACAAUGAGAGACUCAAAGAAAAUAAUAUCUCAGCUUAUUUAGAGUAUUCUUCUAUUCCACAGUAUAUGCCGGAAUUGGAAAAAGACAUCAAGGAAUUGCCAUUUGUAAAAGACAGGUUAAUCCGUAAACAUUUGAAUAUCUGGAUCAGUGAUGGAAACACCUUGGGAAAACUUCAUUUUGAUCCAUUUGAUAACUUUCUGUGUAUGAUCAGUGGGAAAAAGGAACUAAUACUAUUCGAACCAUUCAACAAUACUCAACUUUAUGAAGCCCAUAUUCCAGAAGCAAUUCUAGAUUAUGAUCCUUCCCAUGGAAAAUUUCACAAACGAAGGUUACUGGAUAGUACGUCGAUGGUGAUGUCACCAGUGGAUAUUUUAAAACCCGAAUUUCAGAGAUUUCCAGAGUUUGGUAAAACCUUUCCUCUCAAUUGUACAAUUGAUGAAGGUGAUAUAUUAUUUAUGCCUUCCUUUUGGUGGCAUGAAGUACAGUCAUAUCCUAGUAGUACUACACACAGAAAUGUAGCUAUAAAUUUUUGGUACGAACCAUUCUUCACAAAGGAGUUUCCAUGCCCAACCUGCCCUCUGGAUGUCAAUCCAAUUUAUGCUCAUUUGUUGUGACAGCCAGCUGUUCCAAUAAAUGGACCUCCUCCCUUGUUGUUAAAUAUUUUGUAUUCAGGAUCAGGUUUGGAUUUCAUCUCACUGCCACACUGUAGCACAAAAUUAGCUCCUAUUUAAAAUGAAGCAGGUAAUAAAUGUUC